AAAUCCACCCUCUAGAUUUAAUUAUGAGCGGACGUAUGCAGAAGGAGAGUGCCGAUGAUUCCGAUCGCGUCGACGAUGCAGUGGACCCGCGAGUGCAGAUUGAACUUGAAAGAUUAAACACAGCUACGGAUGAUAUUAAUAAACUAGAAGUUGAUUUAGAUGAAGCAAGAGCAACCUUUAGAGAAUUACUCUGUGAAUCGACAAUUAAGAUUGACGCUUUGGCUAAAAAACUUGGAGCUUGCAUUGAAAAAUCCAGACCAUACUAUGACGCUAGGUUUAAAGCAAAAGAGGCAUUACAAGAAACGCAGAAGGCUGCGAUUAGAUUUGAGAGAGCCAACAGUCAACAUUCGGCAGCUAAAGAAAUGGUUUACUUAGCAGAGGAAGGACUACGGACCGAAGGAAGAUGUUUUGACCACGCUUGGCAGGAAAUGUUGAAUCAUGCUACGUCGCGAGUUAAUGAGUCGGAGCAUGAGAGAGCUCUCUCUGAAGCUGAUCAUAGGCAUACAACUGUGUUGUAUCAUAAAGCGGAACACGAAGUUCAAAGAUUGCAGCGUGAAUUGAAGCGUACUAUUGCUAAAUCUAGUAUGGGUGCACGCCGCAGCUUGCUUCUGAUAAACAGUAUCGCCUACAGGCACAACUUGCUCAUGUUGCCUUACUAUGAGAUGAAAGCGUACUUUAAUCAAAUGCUGGAGGAGCAGAAGAUGAAAGUCAGUGCACUGGAGAGAUCAGUUGGCGAAGCAAAAGCUUCGUACGCGGAAGCAUUACGAAAUUUAGAAAAGAUCAGCGACGAAAUUCACAGGACAAGAAGAUACGAUGGUAUGGACGAAUACGAUAAGAGUACACAAGACGCACCCGAUCGCUCCGCUUCGCAAAUUAACACGGCGACUUCAACGGAUUCCAGUGUAACUGGAUCUCCAGACAGCACGGAUUACACUAGUGACGAAUAUUUACGCCUUCCCGAUAAGAUGAGUCCGAACGUGCCAUGUCCCAUGCCUACAAGAAUCGAGAGAGAUUCAUCGUCGGAGUACUUGGGCCUAAAUAAUCUGAAUCUUUCAUCCACUGAACCUCGUAAAUACAUAAAACGGGACCGUCCACGAAGCAUCGCUGCGACCGACUCGAAACAUAUCGUAUCUCUAAAUCAUACUUCUUCUAAAUCAAGUUCUUCUGCACCAGGCCUGACGGAUCUGUCGGGCAUUAUAUCUCCGGUUGAAAAGAGAGUUAAAAUUCAAACACCCGUAAACGAUCGCAAGAAUAAUACUACUAAUUCUCAAAACGGAGAGGAGUGGACGGAAAUUAGCCUGAACAAUUCGCCGGAUGAAGUUUAUUAUAAUAAUGACGUGUAUUCUGACGAGGAAGAUCAAAUUCCCUACAAACCGCUACCGAUGGAUCUAAGUCCAGAACUUGCUCAGACAAUUAAUGCUACCAGCGAACCGCCGAAAGAACAAAUUAGUCGAAGGAGAUUAGUAACGCAAAAAUCUUUACCCACAAUGUCGAAAGUAAAUGAAGUUACCUUAAGCGAAGAGAAGAAAGCCGAAGUUACGAGAAGUCCGUCAGUAAAAAAUAGAAGCAAGCUCGAUGGUAGCUUAGCUAAUUGGAUAACUAGAAGUUCAGCCGGUGGUGAAACUAGUGGUGGUAGUUCCACGAAUUCAAGUAGAAGACAAUCUCUCGAUAUGUUGUGGAGUGGCGGUACCGGGGAGCGCGUUAAGGAAUUACUUAAUCACGGCAUGAUGAUGCUAAACAUAUCUAGCUUAACGGAACGACGUUCCAGUGAACCAAAGACAGCGGAGAGAGACAAGGAUAAGUCUGACAAGUCUGAAAAGUCGGAAGUUAAAGGAAAGAAAGUUCCAAGUCCGUUAGAAAAAACAAUGAGCUAUCUCAAUGCCGAUGAGGAGACGUCGGACAGCGAAAGUUUAGCUAGCGUGGAGAUGCUAACAGAGGAUCAAAUCUCUUCACUCAUGAUGGAGCCGGACAUGAAUCAAGUAUGCCAAGAGAUUCUGGGAACUCCCUUAGUCGAAGUAUGUCCGCUGUUGCAACAAUUACAGCAACAAUAGCCUUAUAGCAGAGGAAUUUGCACGACAAAGUGGCAAAGAUUCAACAAUAGAAAGUGUUCAAGAUCAUUAUAAAUCGGUAACAUAAUUAAGAUACAUCUCCUUUCUGUUACGCUACUGCAUUAUCAUAUUAUAUUUCUGUCUAUUGCGUGUCGUAAAUUUUUCUAUUGUUAUGUGAUAUAGGACAAAGCAGGGCAAAGUAAAGGUUGUAUUUCUAAGUAAUUGUCAGAUUGAUUCCGACAUUAUUUAUGGGUUUUACCAGGUAUUAUCAAGUUAUUUCAUUAGUUAGAAAAAUAAUAUUUAUAUGCUUAGAAAAUAUAAUCGGUUAACGCUUUUAGUCAAUUCAGAACUUGCGUUAAAAAUGUUUCAUUAGCUUCUCGGACACUACAAAGCCUAACGUCAUUUUUGUGGAUACGCUUACAUGAUAUCUCAGCUUGUGAAGAGUGUUUUCGAACUUAUUCUAUAAAAUCUUUCUAAUAUUUAAGAUUUGGUAAAACUAUGAAACAUCAGUCGCUGAGGAAGCAAUAUGUAGUUACUUUUCUAGGAUAUUGUGUAGUUUAACCUAGAUACUCAUACACAAAUUUAUUCCAAGUCGCAUCGACUAUUUUUUGCUUGCCUUUACAUGCGACUAUUAUCACGUUAAAAUCUUUCGGAGCGUUUAACAAAUAUAUUAGAAUAUUGUGCUAUCACAGCGAAAUAUCAAACAAUCUAGACAAAUUAGGUAAACAAAACAAGGAUUACAUUCACCACGCUACGUUCAAAGAUAACCGAAGAUUUAAUAAGAUCCAUUUCUAGUAAUGUAGAUUAACUUUAAUUUUGAUUUAAUUUAUUUCUUUAUCCUUUUCUAAUUUUUUAAACUAG